GACCUAUAAACACAAAUCCGAUCGAAUUCUAUCGAAAUGUAUUACUCGAACUCAGACUCAGUUUCUAUUCGGACUCGCAGGCGAAAUCAAAAGGCUACAAGCGCCCUAUUAAUUGUGAUCUAAAUUGAAUCGCUUCGUAUACAGUUUUUUGGAUCCUAAAUUACUGCAUCGCGCGCGAAGAGAAGCUAGCUAGCCCGACACCUCUUGCAGCUUCGUCUUCGUCGUCGACAUCGAUCAAUGGCGCCCGGCGGCGACGGCGACUACUACCGGACGCUGGGGAUCGAGCGCGGCGCCAGCAAGGCCGAGGUGAAGGCCGCGUUCUACCGCCUCGCGCCGCUGCACCACCCCGACCGCCACGCGGCCUCCGACGCCGCCGCCCGCGCCGCCGCCGGCGGCCGCUUCCGCCGGGUGUACGACGCCUACACCGUCCUCCACAGCGACGCCACCCGCGCCGCCUACGACCACCUCCCUCGCACCGCCACCUCGCCGCCCACGAGCCGCGGGAGCGGCGGCGCCGCCGCCUCGGGUAGCAGCUACGGCCGCUGCUUCUCUCGGCCUCAGCCGCCGUCGAUGAAGCUGCCCGUAAUCUUGUUCUUUUCGCUCGUAACCGGCAGCGCCCUGCUUGUGGCUUUGUCAAGAGGAAAAAACAAAGCAGCAAAUGAGCAAGAUCCUAAUGUCAAUAAAGCGGAUACACAUCGUCACCACCUAAGUUCUGAAUUCAAACUCUAA